AUGGGUAAGAUCCAUGAAGGAGGUAAGUUGCCAAGCCAAACCGAGCCAAAUCCCAAUGUGAAGGCCAUGAUGACAAGAAGUGGCAAGCUAUUAGAUGCUCCAUUGCAGCCAAUCAAGAAGGCCAUUGAUCAUGACGCGCAUGACAAAGGUAAGGAUCCUAACUCUAGUGGUUUAGUUUCAACUAAUGCUCUUCCUCGUGUUCCCUUCCCCAAUAGAUUUGCAAAGCAAAAGAAGAAUGACUCUGAUCAAGUCAUGCUCGACAUUUUCAAAAAGGUGGAAGUGAAUAUGCCUCUUAUUGAAUGCAUACAACAGAAUCCUAGGUAUGCUAAGUUUUUGAAAGAAUUGUGCACUAAUAAGAGGAUGACUCGAGAGAAGGAGGUUGUCACAAUGAGUGAGACGGUUUCUGCCGUGCUCCAACGGAAGCUACCACCAAAGCUUAAGGAUCCAGGGAGUUUUUCUAUCCCUUGUACAAUCGGAAACAUGACAUUUGAAAAGAUAAUGUUAGACUUAGGUGCAUCGAUCAAUGUAAUGCCUUACUAUAUUUAUGAGGAUCUAGGUCUAGGUGAUUUGAAACGAGAUAAUGUUGUGAUUCGAUUGGCAGAUUGUUCCAACAAAGUCCCUUUGGGCUAUGUUGAAGAUGUUCUUGUGCAUGUUUCGAGCUUGAUAUUCCCUGCGGACUUCUAUGUCCUUGACAUGGAGCCAACUGAAGGAGAUGACAAGGAGGUCCCUAUUCUGUUGGGGCGUCCCUUUAUGAGGACUGCAAGAACGAAGAUUGAUGUGUUUAGGGCCGGAUUUGCAAGUGAUGGCUCCAACAUUUCUGAGUUGGAAGCCAAUGAUGCCGUGCAAUCAUUUGUACUAGAGAAUGUGGCCUCUCUUGAGGUUUCGCCACGUGAGCUUCCUUCUGUGGUGCAAGCCCCAAAGCUUGAUCUUAAGGUUCUUCCGGACCACUUGAAGUAUGCAUUUUUGGGAGAUGAGGAUACAUUGCCAGUGAUCAUUUCCUCUACACUCAACGAGGAACAAGAAGAGAGAUUGAUUGAAGUGUUAAAGAAACACAAGACGGCAAUAGGAUGGACCCUGGCCGACAUCAAAGGAAUAAGCCCUACCAUGUGGCACCGAAUUUUGCUUGAAGAUGGUGCCAAACCAACCAAGGAAUGUCAAAGACGCCUUCACCCACCAAUGAUGCAAGUUGUAAAGGAUGAAAUCACUAAGUUGCACGAUUGUGGCGUGAUCUACCCCAUCUCGGAUAGUAGGUGGAUUUCUCCCAUUCAAGUUGUGCCAAAGAAGUCAGGAAUCACGGUGGUAAAGAACAAAGAGAACGAGUUGGUGCCUCAAAGGACAGUGACCGGAAUUGAGGUUGAUAAAUCUAAAAUAGAUCUUGUGCGUCACUUACCCCUCCCCACAAGCGUGAGGGAUGUUCGAUCUUUUCUUGGACAUGCAGGUUUCUAUCGUAGGUUUAUCAAGGACUUUUCCAAGAUUGCGAGACCAAUGAGUUCAUUGCUUCAAAAGGACGUUUCCUUUCACUUUGAUGAUGAUUGCAUGCAUGCAUUUGAGACUUUGAAGAAGCUCUUAACUUCGGCACCUAUCAUGGCACCACCGGAUUGGUCCUUGCCAUUUGAGUUGAUGUGUGACGCCUCCGACUAUGCAGUUGGAGCCGUGCUAGGGCAGAGGAGGGACAAGCAGCCCUACGCCAUCUAUUAUGCCUCACGAACACUCAAUGAUGCUCAACAAAACUACACCACAACCGAAAAAGAACUUCUUGCCGUGAUCUUUGCUUUAGAUAAGUUUCGUUCUUACUUACUUCAAUCCAAAGUUAUUGUUUACACUGACCAUGCAGCCUUGAAGUACUUAAUGAUGAAAAAGGAUGCCAAACCAAGAUUGAUUCGAUGGAUUCUCUUGCUCCAAGAGUUCGAUCUCGAGAUCAAGGACAAGAAGGGCAGUGACAAUGUUGUGGCGGAUCACUUGAGUCGUUUGGUGAGAGAUGCCGAGCCCUUGGCUAUCCAAGAGAGCUUUCCGGAUGAGCAACUCUUUCGAGUUGAGGUAAGUGAGCCAUGGUAUGCAGAUAUUGUCAAUUAUCUUGUUUCUAAGCAAUUUCCGGAUACUUUAUCGCAUGCUCAAAAGAAUAGACUCAAGGCUUUAGCUAAGUAUUAUGUUUGGGAUGAACCAUAUUUGUGGAAACAUUGUGCUGAUCAAAUCAUUAGGAGGUGUGUCCCUGAAUCUGAACAUCAUUCUAUACUUACUUUUUGCCAUUCUGAAUCUUGUGGAGGACUUAGGACUGCUCUAAAGGUGUUAGAAUGUGGUUUCUUUUGGCCUACGAUUUUUAACGAUACCUAUCAUUUUUGCAUGACUUGUGAUAGAUGCCAACGCAUGGGAAAUUUAGGAUCUAGGGAUCAAAUGCCUAUGACACCGAUUAUAUAUGUUGAAAUAUUUGAUUGUUGGGGCAUUGAUUUCAUGGGACCUUUUCCUAACUCAAAUGGUUUCUUGUACAUACUCGUUUGUGUUGAUUAUGUUUCGAAAUGGGUGGAAGCAAAAGCCACCCGUACUAAUGAUUCUCGAGUUGUUGCAGAUUUCCUUCGUUCUAACAUUUUCUCUAGGUUUGGUAUGCCGAGAGUUAUCAUUAGUGAUGGAGGAUCUCACUUUUGCAACCGGACCAUUGAGGCGUUGUUGAAGAAGUAUGGAAUCAAGCAUAAGGUUGCUACGCCUUAUCACCCUCAAACAAGUGGACAAGUGGAGCUAUCUAAUCGUGAGAUCAAGAGAAUUUUGGAGAAGUCUGUUGGACCAUCACGCAAGGAUUGGUCUCAACGAUUGGAUGAUGCUCUUUGGGCCUAUAGGACGGCAUACAAGACUCCUCUUGGCAUGUCACCAUUUCGAUUAGUCUACGGCAAGGCGUGCCAUCUUCCUGUGGAGCUUGAACAUCGUGCAUGGUGGGCUGUGAAGAAUUUUAACAUGGACAUUGAUGAGGCCGGAUUGCAUAGGAAGUUACAAUUGCAUGAGCUUGAAGAGAUUAGAAAUGAGGCCUAUGAUUCGGCAAUGGUUUACAAGGAGAAGACUAAGACAUUCCAUGACCGCAUGAUUAGGAAGAAACACUUUGUCGUUGGGCAAAAAGUUCUUUUGUUUAAUUCUCGACUUAGAUUGUUUCCGGGCAAGCUCCGUUCUAGGUGGCUUGGACCGUUUGUUGUUACUAAUACUUUUCCUUCUGGUGCUAUUCAGAUCUUUGUUGUGCGGCAGAAGAGACUAGAAGGGAAGAAAAUGUACAUUCCGGCUGGGGCGGAACUAGGAGUUCAAGAUUGA